GAUUUGUCUGUAUAUCUGGCAUCUCUGGUUCGGACUCUCGCGUUGAAUUGACAUAAGUUUAUACAAAUUUUUAUCAAAUAUAAAUUUAGUAAGACAAAUUCUAUAGUUUUCCAUCACAUUCGCACUCGGAUGGAAUUUUGAUUGUGCGUUGUCAUAGGAUGUCCAACGAAAUAAAGUGUGGUGAAGAAAGUACUUCCCUAAAGUUGGUGCCAGGUAGUGAUCGGAACAGCAGCCGAAGGAAGCUAAAAUCGGACAACAGUAAUAAGGUACAGUUUGGUGACAAAUCUGAACGUACCGGAAAUUCAUUCAAUUCAGCACCCGAACGAAAGUUUAGUGAUCGGCACGUUCUCAAGAAGCGAGUGUUGCCCAAAUAUUACACGAGAGAAAACGACAUCUACGUAACGUACAAAUCUGACUUUACGUUUCAAUUCAAGAAGUGUUUAGAGUUAUUAAAUUCUCACAUUGGUGAGGUGUUCCUUCAUUGCACGGGAAGAGCUAUCAAUCGAGGAAUUAAUUUGACCCUGAAAAUCAAAGCUGAAUAUCCGGACGCUUUCAACUACGAGGUGAAUACUUCUACGAUUACUGUAACAGACGAUCUUCACCCGCUGAGAGACGAUGAUGACUUUAGCGAACAACGCCGUUUGAACUCGUGUUUGCACAUUCGUCUCUACCGAACUGUAAGACCAAAACAACCAAAACCCUCUACGUAACCGUCUGUAUCUUCUUAGU